AUGUUUAAUCAGCUUGGUGGUGGAACUAACAAUCCUAACAAAGAUGUGGAGGUUACAUCUCCACCGGAUGAUACAGUAUCAUCUCUCGAGUUUUCACCACCUUCUGUGCCCCAAACCUUUCUUGUAGCUGGCAGCUGGGACUGCCGGGUAAGAUGUUGGGAAGUGGAGGCUUCUGGCAAAACUGUUCCUAAAGCAGCACAAGGCAUGGAUGGACCCAUUUUGGAUGUUGCCUGGCAUGAUGAUGGUACAAAAGUCUUCAUGGCAUCAACAGACAAGAGUGUCAAAUGUUGGGAUCUAGCUGCUAAUCAGUGUAUGCAGGUGGCAGCCCAUGAUGCACCAGUCAAGGCCUGCCACUGGGUCAAAGCACCAAACUACAAUUGUUUGAUGACUGCCUCCUGGGACAAAACACUAAAGUUCUGGGAUACACGAAGUGCAGUGCCCGUAAUGACCAUGAAUCUCUCAGAACGAUGCUAUUGCGCUGAUGUGGACUACCCCAUGGCGGUGGUGGGCACCGCGGACCGCGGCAUCUGCCUGUACACGCUGGAAGGCAAGCCGGCGGAGUUCAAGCGCGUGGAGUCGCCGCUCAAGUACCAGCACCGCUGCAUCGCCAUCUUCCGCGACAAGAAGACCAUGCAGCCGACCGGCUUCGCGCUGGGCAGCGUCGAGGGCCGCGUGGCCAUACAGUACGUGAACCCCGCCAACCCCAAGGACAACUUCACCUUCAAGUGCCACCGCGCGGGCGGCAGCACCACCGGCAGCUUCCAGGAUAUCUACGCAGUGAACGAUAUCGCCUUCCACCCUGUCCAUGGCACACUGGCCACGGUCGGCUCUGACGGCUCUUUCUCCUUCUGGGACAAGGAUGCGCGCACCAAGCUCAAGUCUUCCGAGACGUUGGACCAGCCGCUCACAAAGUGCGCCUUCAACCACAGCGGCCAGGUCUUUGCCUAUGCAGUCGGCUACGACUGGUCGAAGGGUCAUGAGCACUACAACCCCGCGAAAAAGAACUACAUAUUCUUGCGGCCGUGCUUCGACGACCUGAAGCCGCGCACCACC